GUCUCACUGAGUCAACCCGGGUCCUUCACAUCGCGGUGAGGUUUUGUUCCUUCAGGUGUUCAUCCAUUCCGUUCGUUCUUCCGUUCUAGAGCUUUGUGGCUUUUCUGGGUCUUGGACCAAUCACCUGGAGCAUUGUAAAGCUGGAGACCCUUUCUCUGUGUGGAAUCUCUUCUUCGGACGUUGUAGAAAUCAAACGUAUACUCGUUCUUUAUUACCAAUGCCUCCAUCCCGAAAUGCCAUCGUAGCCACUGGCCUGGUUCUUUUCGCAUCUGCAGGCUUGGCAUUUCCCUUUUACAUGGCAUCGUCAAAGAAGCCAGUGAUCGACCCAACAAAGCCACUGCCACCUCAAGCAACUUUCAGAGGACCCUAUAUAAACACCGGCUCACGCGAUGUAGGGCCAGACCAUCAAACUUACCCGAAGAAAUGACUGGAUCGAUCUCAUUCAACAAAAAUCAGCAUUUGAAAGCUGUGACCGAAGGGCAGGAUGGUCUGCACCAUUACAGGGUCUGUCCAAGCCUUAUAACUCUACUUUAAUAAACAUAGGAGCAAUCAGUGAUUUAUUUCAAGUAAAGAAUCAAGCUUUUCACUGUUUGAGUUCUACUAGAUUAAAGUGUGGAUUGUUUCAUCAAAAUUCUUUAUCUUUCUUGUCUCA